UUGUUUAUUCAUUCACGUCAGCCCCUCUCGCCUUCCCUUCCCUCCUUCCUGCUACACACAACGGGGACCCACCGUUGUAACUGUUUUUCCCAUAUUGAAAUUAACCACAAUCACGUCGCCACCAUAAACCGAUUUUGGAAUCAGAUCACUUUGAUGAAGGACACAUUCUCGUUGGAGGACAGUUUGCUGUAGUUUGUCUCUUGGAGGAGGCGAGCCGGCGCCUGGGUAGAUGUGAGCCCAAGGUAAUGGCCAGGCUGGUGGACAUAGGCACACAGACAGAUCCAGUGGUCGUGCUGUCCCUGGCCCAGGCUGCCGUGCUAGGUCUCAUCUCCCAGAAUGAAGUGUUUGGCGCCACCAUUGCACCCAACGGCUUCUACACCGGCGAGCCCAAAGAGUCCCCCGCACCGACAGUAGAAGGAGUCGACUACGAGUACGCAGACCAGCUUAUCGGAGCCAACGGAGAUUACCUCGGAGACAACUUGGGAGAAGACGGACAGAUGCAACCCAGCUGCAGUCAGAGGAGGUGGCAGCAGGGGCCCCCUCAACACCCCGACACAAAAAUGGUGGGUCCCGAUCGCCACAGCCUUCAAGGCGCUGACAUUUCCACGUCACAUGUGAAAGGGGAAGUAGUGAACUCUGGGAUGCCCUCCUGUGUCCACAUGCUGAACAAUAUGGCUCCCAGAGGCGGAUUAGUACAAGUGGACCCGGCCACGCUCAGAGGCACCAACAAGAACUGUGUAGAGUGUGAGCGGGAUGUAACCAACCAGACGCAAGCCAACACACACGUUCACCCUCCUCCCCCUCAGGUGGGCCACAGAGGAGGGGAGCAGGGCCACAGAGGGCUUCAGGGCCAGCGCCCGAUGGGGGCCCACGGUCGAGGUGGCAGAGAGGAGGAGGAAGAGGUGGAACACCCGGUGAACAACAUGAUGAAGCCCACGCAGCAGGAGGAGGCCAUCAGCAGCUACUUCCAGACCAGUGAAGUGGGCAGCUAUGAUUCGGCGGAAAUGAGCAUGCCGAGCGAGUACGAGGACAGCAGCCAGAACAUGAUGUGGACCGACGGGAACACGGCGGCGGCGCAGCACCAGCCGCCUCCACACCCCCAGCCUCCUCGUCGGCACGGCGGCCGCAGAGUGGACCGGCUAGACAUCAACAUCCAGAUCGACGAGUCUUACUGCGUGGACGUGGGGGAUGGUCUGAAGCGCUGGAAGUGCCGCAUGUGUGACAAAUCGUACACCUCCAAGUACAACCUGGUCACGCACAUCCUGGGCCACAACGGCAUCAAACCACACGCCUGUCCGAACUGCGGGAAGCUCUUCAAGCAGCCCAGUCACCUUCAAACCCACCUGCUGACCCACCAGGGGACGCGGCCUCACAAGUGCACCGUCUGCAAGAAGGGCUUCACCCAGACCAGCCACCUGAAGCGACACAUGCUCCAACACACCGACGUCAAGCCCUACAGCUGCCGCUUCUGCCGCCGCGGCUUCGCCUACCCCAGCGAGCUGCGGGCCCACGAGGUGAAGCACGAGCGUGGGCGAUGCCAUGUGUGCUCGCAGUGCGGCAUGGAGUUCCCCACCUACGCCCACCUCAAACGCCACCAGACCAGCCACCAGGGGCCCCACACCUUCCAGUGCACCGAGUGCAACAAGUCGUUCGCGUACCGCAGCCAGCUCCAGAACCACCUGCUGAAGCACCAGAGCCCGAGGCCUUACACCUGCUCCCAGUGCGGCCUGGAGUUUGUGCAGCUCCACCACCUCCGUCAGCACUCGCUCACACACAAGGGGGUGAAAGGCCACAAGUGUGACGUGUGUUCCCGAGAGUUCACCCUGUCGGCCAACCUGAAGAGACACAUGCUGAUCCACAACAGCGUCAGACCCUUCCAGUGUCACGUCUGCUUCAAGAGCUUCAUCCAGAAACAGACCCUGAAGACCCACAUGAUCGUCCACCUGCCUGUGAAGCCAUUCAAAUGCAAGGUGUGCGGCAAGUCUUUCAACAGAAUGUACAACCUGCUGGGCCACAUGCACCUCCAUGCUGGCAGUAAGCCCUUUAAGUGUCCUUACUGCACCAGUAAGUUCAACCUGAAGGGGAACCUCAGCCGGCACAUGAAGGUCAAGCACGGGAUGGAAGUCUCGCCAGAAGGACAAGUAGUUCAUCCGGAAAUGGAUAACCAGGGGGAGUAUGAAGGACAGAACUUCAACUUUACAUCACCAGACAAUAUGGACAAUGGUGGCUCCCAGAACCUUACUAAGCUCACCACGGCUAACAUGGAUGACAUGGAGGAAUAUUACAACUUUGGGAAGGAUACGAGCAGCUACGCUACACCUUGAGAGGCGAUGAACCAGAGGACAUGUUUUCUUCAAGGCAGAAGGAAAUUACAGAGCUGUUGUCAAGGCUAUGGGAGACACUGGGGACGAGUUAUUUUUUACUUUUAGUUUUGGCCUCCUUCCAGAAGAGCCAGAACUGAAGGACUCUGAUGGGAGGCCGGGAAGGAGACGCACGUCAGAGGAGACGCUUUAGCUCUGCUGCUGAGGGCAGAGACACUGAACAUGUUGACGCUGUUCUGGGACUCCUUUUUUUGGGAUUACUUCACUUACCGACUCAAAGACUUUCACUGGCGGACAGUCAAAUCUGUAUGUUGUGUGUAUGUAUCAGUUAUUUGAAGAAAAAAAUGAAGAAAAGAAAAAAAGUUGCAGAGCCAUCAGUUACAUUUAAAGUGAUAGAAAUUUGUUUGCCAUUUUUGUAAUUCACCACCAAUGUAUGCCCUUAUAUUUUUGACUGAAAGUGCCAGCUAGAUACAUUUGCAACUACGCUUCCACCAUGUCAGCUAUUUACUCACUGUAUAUCGAACUUUGGAUACAUAGUCACAACAUAUUCAUAGGUUUGAAUGCUCUUACUAAACAGUUCCUAAUUGUAGCUUCUUGCCCAGCCCUCAGUUUAAAAACAGGACGCUCUCUCAAUGCGUGUGUGCUUUUCUGCACCGGACAUUGUAGCCUCUAUCUCUCCAGGGCACUUACGACCAAAGUUGCUACUGUCCCAUGUCGGCUGAUACCAGAAGACUUUGUUAGCGACAUGCAAAGCCCUGUCACUGUACAAAGGAUUCUGCAACAUGCAGUGUUUACCCACCUUUUGUCUCACAUGGUUUAGCUUGACAUUAAUAAUCUAUCCCGUGUAGUGAAUAUACUGCUCAAAGUUUUUGAAUUACUGAGUGAACAAUACAAAGCACUUUUUCAAUGAGACCUUUCUUCAUUAAGAGUGAACUCAUUUGCCUCGAGGAGAAGAGCUGGGGGAGCUAAGAUUGUAGAAUCUUUCAAGCCCCCAUAACGGCAAUAUUAUUGAACACAAAUAGAAAUGCUCUCUCAGUGGGUUUUUUGUAAACUGCAGUUUCACAGUUUAAAUGCAAAUUGAAGAAUCAGCAGUUUGCUGAUCAGGUUCGGGUUUUUUGUUGUUUGUAGUUUCAGCACUCUUAAUUCCAGGGCGGUUUUCACUUCACUUUCUCAAUUCAGAAGUAUAUUUCCCUGCUUAUUUGGAAACAGCACUUGAAGUGGAUAUCCAAUCAGUAGAUUGAAAAGAAGAAAAUACACUUUUGGGAGGUCUUGGUUACAUUUUGUAUGAUUGAAUUGAAAGUGGACUGACAAUUGUCCUGAUAUCCAUUCAUCUGUUUUGGGGAAGGCCGUCAGCUCCCCCUGUCCUGCCAUGCAGGUCAGCCUUGAUAUGCACACUAAACCAGAGGAAGGGUCUACUCGCUCUUCUUCGAGAUGAGGAAAAUCAAACUGAGACCUCAUGGAAAAUGACCAUGAAUUAUUUAAUAAAGGUUCUCUUGUUUAAAUAAUGGA